GGAUUAAAUGCCGGCGCUCUCUUGGAGAGUCUGCAAGCUCCCGACUGGAUGCUUAAGCUGGCAGGCGGCGCCGCUGGUACCUGGGCUUCGGCUUACCUCAUCUACAAGGUUUUCACCCCGCUGCGUUACCUCGUCACACUGUGGCUAACUCGGAUCAGUGUACACUAUUUGCGCGCUACUGGCCGUAUUUCACCGUUGGCGGAAAAGGAUCGCCUAAGGAACCUGGUCCGCGAAGGCACCGCUCUCACACGCAGCCAUCUAGGCGGACGUUUGAGGGCCUCUCGUCAGCGCACCGUUAAUCGCCUGCGCAGCAUGUCACCGCUCAAACGUCGGAACUGA